AUGGAUGUUAAUUACAACAUUACAUAUCUUACACUUGGAGGGCAUGUACAGCUUGCAAAAUAUAGAUAUUUAUAUUUCUCAAUGACUCUCCUGCUCUUCAUUUUAAUCAUCUGCAGUAAUACCGUUGUUUUAUAUGUCAUCUAUGUACACGAAAGCCUUCAUAAACCCAUGUAUGCUUUUAUUGCUGCUUUGCUGAUCAACUCCCUGUUUGGAAGCAUAAGCAUCUAUCCAAAACUUCUUAUAGAUCUGCUGUCAGCAACCCAAACUAUAUCCCCUCCUGCCUGCCAGCUACAGAGCUUUUUAGCAUACGUGUAUGGUGCUAUUGAAUUCACACUGUUAUCAGCGAUGGCUUUUGAUAGGUAUGUAUCCAUAUGCAGACCUCUCCAAUACCACUCCCUUGUUAGGACACAAACUGUCAAAAUAAUAUUGUUUUUGGCCUUUUGUAUACCUUGUGUUGAAAUUGGAAUUGCUACUAUUUUGGCAGCUAAUAUAGGUCUGUGCAAGUUUGUGUUGAUGAGAAUUACUUGUGAUAUCUAUUCCCUUGUCAAAGCGGGAUGUGGGGACAAAACUGUAAGCAAUACAUAUGGGCUUAUUGUAAUGGUACUUUGUACACUUCCACAUGUAAUAUUUAUUGCGUUUACUUACACAAGAAUAUUGUCUAUUUGUCUGAGGAGCUCCAGGGAUUUCAGGAGAGGAGCUCUUAACACGUGUCUCCCCCACCUCUUUAUAUUUCUGAACUUCACCAUAAUUGUUAUGUUUGAAGUCAUUCAAAAUCGUAUUCCUGCUAGCAUACCCCAUAUUGUUCGUCUUAUGGCGUCUCUCCUGGGUGUUGUGAUUCCUCCUCUCUUCAAUCCGCUAAUUUAUGGACUUAAAAUGCAAGCGAUAUCUCAAUGUAUUGUAGCACUAUUCAAGCUGAAAUAACUGUAUUUGACAGACAACAGGCUACAAGAAAGAGGACUAAAGAGGUUUUUUUGGUGGUUUUGUUUUGCUCUCUUUUGCUCUUUUCUUGCUCACUCUUAACAACUCUCAAAUCUUACCUACAGUACCUUGAAGAAUUGUCAUUUAUUAUUAGACUUAUCUAAUAUCCUUAUUAUCGGUCAGAUAUGUUAAUAUACAUUCAAAUAUACAUAGUAUACGUUCAAUAAAACAAUGGGCUUUGUGUGCAUUCGAUUUUUCUUUGAUUAUGCUUUUGAACUGUCAUUCAACAUAAUAACUGCAUACUGUUACAAGUGUAUUAAAAUACUUAAGUUAGAUUUGUUUAGUCAAUACUGAUGUUGUAAACUCUGUUACGUAUUUUUCACUUUGUCAUUUAUAGACUAGAAGUUGCUAAAAUGAUCAGUCAUCUCCGUCCUCCUACAAAGCGAUUAGACAGGUCUGCCAAAUAUACAAAUGUCC